GCCGGUUACCGAGCAGUGAGCCGCCGCCUGCACGUUGUUCGCUCACCCCUCACUCCUCUUCGGCUUCUCUCAGCGUUUUUACCUCUUACACUGAUACCCGUCUCUUUGUAUCUCACCCUCACAGUCCAUCCAUUUGUCAGUUGCUUCCAUCGCCCAUCUGUCCAGCAUGUCGCUGCUAAAGGUCCAGACCAGUAAUGUGACCAACAAGACAGACCCAAAGUCCAUCAACUCCCGAGUGUUUAUUGGUAACCUGAACACAGCGGUAGUGAAGAAGUCAGACGUGGAGAGCAUCUUUUCUAAGUACGGUCGGGUGCUGGGCUGCUCCGUGCACAAGGGCUACGCAUUUGUCCAGUAUGCCAGCGAGAGGCACGCCAGGGGGGCUGUGAUUGGAGAGAAUGGCAGGGUGCUGGCUGGACAAACACUGGACAUCAACAUGGCGGGAGAACCGAAGCCAAAUCGACCCAAAAGCCUGAAGCGAUCUGCAGCUUCCCUUUACAGUGGCUAUGAGUUUGACUACGAUUACUACAGAGAAGACUUCUAUGACAGGUUGUUUGAGUAUCAUGGCAGGGUAUCUCCAGUCCCUCUUGUGGUACCAGUCAAACGCCAACGAGUGGCGAUGCCUCGGGUACGACGGGUCAAAUCUCUGCCAGUCAAACUGUUGGGACGUAAUUCCUCUGUCCUCCCCACCAGCAACAGGAACAAAGAGAAAUUGACAGGAGCAGAGCUUCAGGCGAUCAAGUCAGAGUUGAUUCAGAUUAAAGCCAACGUCGAGGCUUUGCUGGGUAGACUGGAGCAGAUCACAGAAGACCCACACAUUACCGCCACAGAUUUGAUUAAGGCAGAGGAGUAUAAGCAUGACGAGGUGUGGCAGGAAGGAGACGAGUGGAGUUCAGAGCCAGAGGACAUGGAGGAGCAGAGACAGAACAGCGAACCUGAAGAGGAGGAGAAAGAUGAGGAAGAGGAGGAGGGAGAGCACAGACAGGAUGACGGCCACAGCCACAUGGUGUGUAUUUACAGCAGACCUCUGGCAUCCUCAGAUACAGCCUUAGCUCCUGAUGCCGUCAGACAUGUAGAGCUUGAGCACACUUUAACUGCUGACUUCUUUAGCACCCAGUCAAACAUAAAUAAUUUAUUUUUUCUUUAGUAUAUAAUUGACUGAUUAACAGAAAAUGUCUCAGAACAAAAGAGUUCACAUCAUAAACUGAAUUUUAUUCUUGUCUUGUUUUUAUUCUUAUUUGCGGCCAUUUUGAUAGACUUCUAGUUAGAUUUUUCUUACACACAUUUAAUGUUGUAAAUCUCAUAUCAAUUCUAUUCUGUAUGACUAUUUUUCAUUUUACAAAACAAUGUUUGCCCUCAUUUUAUGGAGCAUCUGCAGAGCCCAGAGCUAGACUUUUUUAAAAUCAUUUUUCACAGGUCCUGUUUUCUACCAUUCCAAUUUUUUUAUGACACUAUCAAUCAUUGGAUUGGAAAAGCACAAUGUCACAGUUUUUAAAAGUGCAGAAGGAGAAAGAUUUUCUCAGAGCUCCAAGAUCAAUCUAUAUCAAAGUGGUUGAUGACAGCAUUGACAGGCACAUCAAGACUGGUCAGACUUGUCACUGCUGACAUUUUGAGACAUGUUUAGAGACAAAGUCAUACCAGAAUCAAAGGAUGCUAAAUAGGCUUUGUGGAUUGUACUUAGGAGAACUGUAUUAAGAAAGUUAUGUGUUUGUUUAUUUGCUUGUUUCUUUGUUUAUACACAACAUGCAAAUUAACUGGAACUUUCCCUUUUUUGAGAUGACAUUAAUUACAUUGCUAUUUUAAAGAGAAAAAUUAUUGGCCAUGUUGUUUGGUAUGUAUGGUUAUGCUUCCUCACUAUGAUAAAAAAAAAAAAUUCUUGCAGGCCCCAGGGACCUGAGUUUGUAGUGACAAAAUACAAAACAUUUUGGUAUGGUUAAAGUACUCUGAUGUGAAAAAAGCAUUUCGACUUUUGAAUACAUUAUUGGUCAAACAAAUGAUCCAAAAGAGCUUUACAUUAAUAGCUGAUGUAAAUGGCUAGUAAGUGGUUUAAUUUAGUCAAAAGUCAAGAUUAUGUACAAGAUAACAUAUUUGACUAUUACAGUUUUUCUCAAUUGAUAAGACACUUCAUGUGAAAACACAGUGAGAGAAGAGUGUUUUGUAUUUAGCAGUGCAGUGUCCUAGUUUUGCUUCGUGUGUCUUAAUUUUGAAAACAAAGUUCAGAUUUUGAUAAUAAAGUGCACUUUUGACAUAAGUGUGCAGUGCUUAGUGAAUUGUGUUGAAAUUAAAAAAAAAUAGUGUGCAGUGUGUUGGGAAAUGUGUGCUAAUUUUCAGGAAGUGUCUUAUCAAUUGAGAAAAACUGUAAUGUGUAACUUCUAUCUCUUUGUCUUUUAUGAUUCAAAAUUCAAUGGCUUUGAAUUGUAAAAUUGUUUGUUCAAAAGUUAGCGUUUGUGCUGUGCUUUUAGAAAUUACCAUUUGUAUUUUUUGUGUGUUAUGUUUUUAUUCUUUUUUUUGUACCUGAACCUAUAUCAGGACUGAAAUGUAAUUCCUUCUUUAAUAAAUGUUUGACUGACAGAAUGUGAGGAUCCAGUCUAUUUUUAAAUGAGCAUCAUAUGGGUUUCUAGGAGGGACUGGUCCCUGAAGGAUUCAUUUCAUCACCCAGUUAUCCAAAAUGAUCAGGUGAAGGUUCUAUUCUGACUUAUUAGGUAGCAGGCUGGAAUUUACCUUUAGCAGGUCAAAAUAUCACCAGCACCUGUCAACAUGAUGGAUUCUUUGGGGUGCUUUUAAUAAUGUAGAUGAAGUAUUAC